CAUCCCCGCGUCUUAUCUUACGGCGCGAUAAAUACAGCGCGCCGAAGCCUACGAUCUUCUCUGCUGUGUCCACGACGCGUGAUGCCUUCAAAGCUCUGUGCGCCAUGUCGAGAAGCUUUUCUCUCCAACGAACCAACACGUCUGCAUCGAGACUCUACCAUCAGCUGCACUCCCUUCCACGAAGCGCCAUGGAAAGCCUUCCAGAAGGAUAGAGACUCAUCUCGAGACGUAACCGAGUCCGUGAAGGAUUGCGACUUUUGCUCCUUCGUUGUCGCGUUUGCAGCAGCGGACCAAGCCCUUGGCGAACAUGGGAAUGGAUCCUUCGCUGAUUUUGACAGCAAAGCGUCUCGAAGGUCACAGGGCGAGCCAUUGCUAGCUCUGUGGAAGUAUCAUAUGUAUACAUAUGAGGGCCACCUUUCAGCGGAUCUCGGUCUUAGAAGGCAUAAUCUUCGCUAUGUUGAUGGGUUUGAUAUACGGCUCUUUGGGACAGCAGAUCCUCGUGUGAAGUGUCACAGGCCCAUCGAAAAGACAACAACGAGUACAUCCAGUGAGGCCAGUUUCGAGUGCUUGUCCAAAUGGAUCAAGAAUUGUUUGGACAAUCAUGAAUCAUGCAACAAACUACAUGCUCGCUCUGGUGAGAACAAGGGUUGGCUUCCAGCUCGACUCGUCAAGAUUAUCUCAAAUGCAGAUGGCGUGCCUGAGAUUAUCAAAGUGGUAGAAACGAACACAUGCGACUGCCCUCCUCCCAACAUAGAGUAUGCUACCCUGAGCUACUGUUGGGGAAGGCAAGCUUUCACCAAACUACUCAGAUCCAAUAUCGACAGCAUGACAACUACUGGGAUGCCUGUUAGAGACCUUCCUGCCACGUUCCAGGAUGCGAUCACUGUUACAACUCGUCUUGGUCUGGAGUAUAUCUGGAUUGACGCCCUUUGCAUUAUUCAACUCGAUGCAGAAGACUGGAGCUUGCACUCGGUGACAAUGGCCAAGGUUUACUCAUACUCAACAAUCACACUUGCAGCAGCAGCAUCAUCAGACGCACAUGGGGGACUCUUUCGCGAACGCAACCCUACAGCCAUCAAUGGUGCCAAGAUCAAUCUCAAAUGGCCCUCACACGAGUUUGAAGGAGAAUUUUAUGUGGUACCGACAGAUCCCUGGGAGAAAGCAGUCGCAAAGUCACCACUGUUGAAGCGCGCAUGGGUAUUCCAAGAACGGCUUCUAUCACGAGGAACCGUCUACUUCGCUCACGAUAUGCUUUACUGGGAAUGCGGCGAGCUCUAUGCUUCGGGCUUUAUCCUGAGGGAGGGCCUUGGGAUCUGCAGUACCGAUACAAGAGAUACGACGUUGCUGACAGGCUUCCCUCUGCAUGUAUACACGGAACUUCUCACGCGGGAGCUUAACGCAGAGGAGACGGUCACGGAUGAAGAGAUGUUUCUCUACGUAUGGGCUUCAGUGGUAGCUCAGUACAGCGUCGGCAAGCUGUCGAAAGAAACAGAUAAGCUCAUCGCCAUUGAUGGUGUAGCUGAGCAGUUGACGAGUAUUGUACCAAGAGAACAAUAUCUCAACGGACUCUGGAGACAGGAUAGUCUCCCGCUUUCUCUACUAUGGUGCACCGAAACGGAAGAGACACCGCCUAGCAUUCGCGUCGCGCCAAGUUGGUCUUGGGCAUUUGUUUAUACGCCAGUUGAGUUCAACUUCUUGUUCCGAGCGCAGACUGAGCCUAAGGUUGUCACGAAAGUCAUCGACAUCAUCACGCCCGGCUAUAAGCCAGAAAGUCUCGAGAUAUCGCGUCCUACGGCACUUGUUCUUCAGGGACCUCUUACUGAAGUGCGCUUUCGAUCUACUUCGCGCAACGCACUAGGACCCUUGCAUUCAAACUGGUGGAAGAGCCACAACACGAUGAGAAAUCGCAUCAAGUUCUUACAACCAAUUGACUUGGCGCCCAGACUUGUAUUCAGGGGCAAAGGCUUGAAAGCAGAUUAUCCAUGUGCUAUCUGGUUAGAUAGGGAAGUGCCCAAGGAUACUCGAAUCUUCGCGCUCAAGAUUGCGGAAGCGGAUAUUAGACAUCCUUGGCAGGAGAGAUUACCAUCUGAGUGCGGCUUGUUGUUAGUCACUGGUCAAGAGCGAGGAACGUUUACUAGAAUUGGCAUGUUUGAGAUUGCUGUUGAUAAAAUGAAGAGGGACUGGGCAGACCAGAAGACAUCGUUCACGUCGAUAUCCAAGUUGAGAGAAGGAAUAUGGGGUGAUUCAGGUAUAGAAGAAAGGUUUUAUCUGGAGAAGGAUGAGACAGACAGAUAUACGAUUAAGGUAGUCUGA